AUGGCAGCUAUCAGGUUCGCCGGCCCCUCGAUGGGGUUCUCUCCCGCGUUCAGGACACUCGGCCUCCUGUCCACCUCCAGGACCGGCACCGUCGCCAGCAUAUCCUCUACCCUCGCCUCGAAAUACGCUCCCGUCCGACUCACAAUAGCAGCCGCGCUCCCGUCUCUGCUGUCGGACAUCUGGGAGUCGAUCCUGCGUGCCGUGCCAAAGAAGAAGACCUCGCACAUGAAGAAACGACACAGACAGAUGGCUGGAAAGGCGUUGAAGGACAACAUCAGUCUCAACUCGUGUCCGGCUUGCGGCAAGACCAAGCGGGCACAUCUGCUUUGCCCAGACUGUGUUUCUGACAAUAUUAAGAAAGAUGUCAAAACAAAUCCUGGGCCUACAUACAAUAGAGAACGCUCAUAUCUCGGAGAUAUUUUCUCUCGCCGUGUCUCCUACCCAGAUAUUAUCUGCUUCCGGAGCUUCCUCGCUAAAGGCGCCCAUAAGAUUGGCUGCCAUCACCUGGCAACCGCAAGUGGAAACGGAUGUUUAGCUGCCAGUGUUGGCUUCGGAGGAGAAGUGAAGCUAUGGCGUCACGCAGAUGGAAUGUGGAGCGAGGACUUCAAAGAUAAUGAUAAAAUAAAAGAUAUAUGGGCUGUUGCCUUGUCUUCAGAUGGGCGUCAUCUCGCUGGUACUACCCACGAUGGCCGCAUCAAAGUCUGGGAUCUUCAAAAUAACCUGGAAGAAGUAUGGAACUUUGAGACAAGAGGAAGUUUUGGCAUGUGUAUUGACAUGUCAUCUGACGGACGCUUGAUUGCAUCUGGUCAUCAAAGCGGGAGCGUUUAUGUCUUCGAACUUGCGGCGGGAAGAAUGCCAUUUUCUCUUUCGGGACUUGCUGCGCCUGUCAGGGCAGUGGCAUUUUCUCCUGGAGGGAAACUACUGGCCGCGGCUGGGGAUUCUACAAUGAUAAUGCUUUACGAAACAACCUCCGGAGAACAGUUUGCGACCUUGGCUGGCCAUUCUGCUUGGGUCAUGUCUCUUGACUGGAGUGAGACUGGCGAAUAUCUUUUAAGCGGAUCUUUCGAUGGCAAAGUGAAAGUGUGGUCUAUUGAGAGGAAGGCUUGUGUUGCGACGUUGUCUGAAUCUGAUCGGGCCAUUUGGAGUGUCAAAUGGUUACCAAAAGUAGGCAAGGCAGAACGGUUUGCUGCAGCAGGAGCUAACCAGAGCAUAACGCUAUAUCGUGAAGCUAACAGCGGCUAA